GACAAUUCGGCAAAUCCGUCCGCCAUCCGUAUUCGUGACAACCAGCGUCGCUCGCGUGCCCGUCACAAGGAAUACGUCGAGGGCUUGCAGGCGAAGCUCCAGGACUAUGAGCGGCGUGGCGUCGAGGCCACACUGGAAAUGCAGCAGGCGGCCCGCAACGUCGCCCUCGAGAACUCGCGGCUGAGAAUGCUCCUCGGCUACCACGGCGUCGCCACAGAAGAAGUCGACAAGUUCCUGCAGGCUUUCCCCGACCAACCCGCCACCGAAGCAGCAAAAGCCACCAUUUCUCAGGCUGCCGCCGGCCUGCCACUCAUUGCAUCUGCACCACCCAAGAUCCCACUCCAACCGCUGUCGAGGUCAUCGUCCACAAGUCGUGCCAAUCCAAAGUAUAUCGCGCCACUGGUCGCCAAGGAGAGCAGCACGAGGGAGGUAUUGGAUGCCAUCGUGGGGAUCAAGAGAGAGACGCGGAUGUCGGACGCCUCAAGCUCCGGCCUCCCACAACCCGCUCUCCCAGAGCAGCGACAAUCUCUGCUUCAACCUCGACCACCCGGCCCGACUCUGCCGGCUCUGCCAGCACUCAUUCUUGGGCAGACAAGGCCCGAUCCUAACCACGUUGACAGACUUUCGGUACUGGCGAGUGCGAGCAUGCAAGACUCUGGAGACGGCAAGCAUCGUCGGGUCCCGUCGGGUGUAGAUAGCCUCCACGUUCCCAGUCCUCCAACCAUGGGACAAAGCCCACCUUCUUCAAAUGCCGGGACUCCUAGCCGUCUAAAUUCUGCCUCCCCG